AGAUCCAGGAUCAGCUUCAUUAUGAGACAAACAGAGGAGGUCUAUAAAUGGCUCUGAUACAGUUUACUGAGAGAGGGGUGGAGCCUGUGGAACACUUCCUUGUUUCUGACUCUGAGUGAGACGGUCCUGAGCUCCAGCCGUGUGAGUCUCUGAGGAUUAAUAAACUCCACAAAGAUCUUCAGGCUGCUCGGCUCCAACAUCUCCUCCCUGUUUGAAGCGUGCCGACAUGUCAGCUGCCAGCUGCGUGCUGUCUGAGGACCAGUUUCUGUGCUGCAUCUGUCUGGAUGUUUUCAACGAGCCUGUCACCAUCCCAUGUGGACACAACUUCUGCAAAAUGUGCAUCACACAGCACUGGAACAUUAACCACGCUAAGUACCACUGUCCCAUGUGUAAAAAACAGUUCAAACUGAGGCCCGAGCUGACCGUCAACACGUUCAUCUCUGAGAUGGCUGCAGAGUUCAGACAGUCUGCUGCCAAGAAGAGCCGCAGAGACCCGGAAAUCAAAGUGGCCAAACCGGGAGAGAUCCCCUGUGACGUCUGCACCGGGCCCAAACUAAAGGCCAUGAAGUCCUGCUUGACUUGUCUUGCCUCCUACUGUGGUAUCCACAUAGAUCCUCAUAUGACGGCAGACUCCCUGAAGAGACAUCAGCUGACUGAUCCUGUGGAGAACCUGGACGCCAGGGUGUGUUCAAAACACAAGAAACCACUGGAUCUGUUCUGUAAGUCGGACCAGAUCUGCGUGUGCUCUAACUGCACCGUUUCAGAACACAUGGGUCACAACAUUACGUCUCUGAAAGAUGAGUUUGAAGCAAAGAAGACCCAGCUGGAGGAUGAGGAUGCUGAGGUCCAGCAGAUGAUUCAGCAGAGACGACUGAAGCUCCAGCAGAUGAAGUGUUUGAAGAGCGUCAGUAAGGAGGACGCAGAGAGCGCGAUCGCAGACGGUGUCAGGAUCUUCACUCUUGUGUCGCAGACCGCCGAGAGGAGCCUGAACGAGCUCAUCGAGGUGAUCGAAGAGAGACGGAAGACGGCCGAGCAAGAGACUGACGGCGUCAUCACAGAACUGGAACAGGAGAUCUAUGCGCUCACCAGGCAAACUGCUCAGGUGAAACAGCUCACACACACCCAGGACCACCUCCUCCUCCUGCAGAACUUCAGCUCCAUGAGGCCUACAGUAGACUGCACUAAGAACUGGACUAAGGUCAGGGUCUGUCUGCCGACAUAUGAGGGCACUGUGGGGAAAGCUGUGGCUGAGCUGGAGGAAGCUUUCAGCAGAGAGAAGCAGCAGCUGCCUCUUAAGUCCAGGGUGAAGAGAGCCCAGCAGUUUGCAGUGGACUUGAUCCUUGACCCUCAAACAGCCAAUCCCUGGUUGGUGGUCUCUGAUGAUAACAAAGAGGUCCGGUGUGGGGGGGUGAGGAAGGAGCUGCCAGACAACCCCGACAGGUUUUCUCUUUAUGCUAAUGUUGUGGCGCAGCAGAGUUUCUCCACGGGGAGAUUUUACUACGAGGUUCAGGUUUCAGGGAAGACGGACUGGACUCUGGGAGUGGUCAACAAGUCUGUGAACAGGAAGGGGAUAAUCCCACUGAGCCCCGUGCACGGGUACUGGUCUGUGGGGUUGAGGAGUGGAAAUGAGUUCCUGACUUUCUCCAGCCCCGUGUUCAGCCUCAAUCUGGACUCCCGACCUCAGAGGGUGGGGGUGUUUGUGAGCUACGAGGAGGGUCUGGUCUCGUUCUAUAACGUGGAGGCUGGGGCUCAUGUGUACUCGUUCACUGACUGCAGCUUCACAGAGGAGCUCUGUCCGUUCUUCAGUCCCGGUUUGGAUCAUGGUGGAGCAAACUCUGACCCCCUGAUAAUCUCACCUGUCCACAUCACGGAUUAGAAACACUCAAAGUGGACUGGACUCUGUGACGCUGCCUUGUUUUAAGGUCUCUCUGUAUUCCUGAUUUGUUCCAACGUUAAUCUCACUGUGUUCAAAUGUUAAGUUCCUCUCACCUCUCUGUGCCUGACAUCAUGUCUGCACAUUCAGAGAACACGUUUAUAAUGUGAAGUGCGUCUUUGAGACGGCAGGCCGGUGUGCACGCCAGGCGGGACAAGCUCCAGACCGCCUCAGCACGGUGCAGAGCUCUGUUCCAGACUACAGGCUGUGGUGACGUUUAAGAACAAAAGAAGUUCAUGUUGGGGUUCAUGACGAUUACAAACACUCGUGUUAGGAGGCAGAUUGUGUUCAGGUAUGAAAUGAAUACACUUGUGGUCAUAAGUAUGUCUUCCUGUAAACUGUAUAAACAUUGUACCUCUGUACUCGGGUAGAUAACCUUACUCCAUCAGUAAACAUUACCCACAUUAUCCAACGUUAUUAUAACCUCGAAGUGACUUCAACAAAAACAAUGCUUCUGCAUGUCAACAGAAAAUAAAAGAAUGGAGGAAUGAUUUCACAAAGUCA